UUAACAAUGCUUUAUGGUUUAUGUUUAUGAUGUGUGUGAGAGAUUGUUUUCUAUAUAUUCAAUAAUCAACACGGAGUGAAAGCACUUCUCUUAGAACACAGAAAGAGCCAUCAACAGAAGACAACCAAUAUAUGAUGGUUCAGUUAAGGAAUGUUGCAAUUGUUGUGGCAGUGGUUGCUGCUGCAGUGUUACAACAAAGCACAAAAGCUGAAGAUUAUGAGGUGGGAGGUAGCACAGGUUGGACUAGUUUUCCACCUGGUGGUGAUUCUUUCUAUUCCAAAUGGGCUGAAAAUUUUACAUUCAAAGUGAAGGACACUCUAGUGUUCAAUUUUGAAUCUGGAAGCCACAGUGUGGUGGAACUUAGCAAGGCUAAUUAUGAGAAGUGUGAAGUGGAUAAGAGCAUCAAAGGGUAUAAUAGUGGACCAGCUAGAGUGAGGCUGGAUCGGUCAGGGGAAUUCUACUUUUCGUGCAGCUUCUCAGGCCAUUGCAGCAGUGGCCAAAAGCUAAGCAUUAAAGUCACUGGCUCUGGCUCUUCAUCACCACCAACACCAAAGAAUGCUCCAGCUGAAGCUCCUUCAUCUUCAGCUUCCAAUGAAGGAGACCCAUCAUUCCAAACUCAUCCAGCUGCUACAGCCCCUCCACCCCAGGGCUCAGCCACAUCUCUCACUGCUCCCUUCUCUCUAUUCCUCAUCACCAUUGCCAUCAAUUUUCUCUCUCAAUUUUAGCUCAUUUAUAUUGCUUAAGGAAUAUCAACCCUCUCUCAUAC